CGGCGCCACUAUCAAGGAAUCGCAGUCUCUGAUAGACUUUGCCGUGUAAGGAACUUUCGUCGCCUAUUUAAUGUAAAUAUUACAUUUGUUGAGAAUUUAGAGUUUAUUUUAGCAUACAUAAGUUCGAAAUUAUCGUUCGUGUUCCCUGUGCAAUUCAUUGCUGGGCGUCAUUCCGUAAUAUCUCCCGUUCAGCCGAGAUCGGCAAUAACCAAAAAAUCUCCAUGAUUAUCUGAAAUAAUAUAUCAAGAUCUACUUAUAUCUCUAAACUCUUGAUCAAUUCUUUGAGAGAGGUUCAGGGAGUAAAAUACGAAAAAUGAGGGUUGUCGCACUAGUCAGUGGUGGUAAAGAUUCUUGCUUUAAUAUGAUGCAAUGUAUAGCUGCUGGCCAUGAUAUCGUGGCACUAGCUAAUUUGUAUCCAGUUGGAAAGGAUGAACUAGACUCAUUUAUGUUUCAAACUGUUGGAUACCAAGGUGUCGAAUAUAUUGCCGAAGCUAUAGGCUUACCAAUGUAUCGCGAGCCAACGUUCGGUAGAUCGAAAAUGCAAGAGAAAUAUUAUUAUCCAACACAGAACGACGAGGUCGAAGACCUUUUCAGAUUGUUGAGUAAAGUGAAGGAGAAAGAGAACGUGGAAGCUGUUUCAUCGGGAGCCAUUCUGAGCGAUUAUCAACGAAUCCGUGUGGAAAAUGUGUGUAGUCGUUUAGGUCUCAUUUCUCUGUCGUAUCUAUGGAGGAGAGAUCAGGACGUACUGUUCAAGGAAAUGAUAGCGAGUUCUGUGAACGCAGUUAUAAUUAAGGUUGCAGCGUUAGGCCUUGAACCUAGGCAUUUGGGGAAAUCACUUUCCGAAAUGCAAUCCCACCUUGCCAAAAUAAAAGAAAAGUACGGUGUUAAUAUAUGCGGAGAAGGUGGAGAAUACGAAACUUUUACGUUAGAUUGUCCAUUGUUUAGUAAAAGUAUUAUAAUAGACGAAUAUGAAAGUGUAAUCCAUUCAAACGAUAACAUAGCGCCUGUUGGUUAUUUGAAUUUUAAAAAAAUUCACGUUCAAGACAAAAAUGAUGGUAUUGAAGGAUUAACGUUACAAGAAAGAUUAAAAAAUGUUCCUAUUAAAACCCCAUCCGAUUACAUUGCAGAGAUAAUUGGCCCAGAAUUGCACGACGGUUGCAAUUUAUCUGAGGAUGAAAACGACGAACAUGAUUGUACAGGCAGUAAUCUAAAGUCUUCGAAUUCUGGUCAAUUCAAUCCACCGAGUCCAAUGGAAAUUUUAUACGAAGAAGAGGACUACCCAGACGCACCGGUAGUAAAUAGAAACCAAACCGGCUGGUUCUGGUUUGGCGGUAUCGCUGGAAAGAAUCCGGACGCGAAAUCUGCGAUGCGAGAGGCAUUGGAGAAAUUAAGCAAUCUAGUCAAAAAGGAGAAUUUACAAAUAUCGGACAUCGUCGCUGUAACGUUAUACAUAAAAGAUAUGUCGAAUUACGUGUCUAUAAACGAGGCAUACAUGUCGUGCUUGAGCAAGACGAACCCACCUGUCCGCGUAUGCGUGGAGUGUCCGUUAAAUAUACACGUCGUGCUUGAUGCUAUAGCCUAUAAAGAAACUCAAGACUGCGGUGAUAAGAAAGUUCACAAACGACACACGAUGCAUGUUCAGAGCAUAAGUCACUGGGCACCCGCAAACAUCGGUCCUUACUCUCAAGCCGUUCGUGUGGGUGAUAUUAUCUCAGUCGCUGGACAAAUACCGUUAGUGCCUGGUAGUAUGACUAUACUGGACUUAAAUAUUAAAAGGCAAUGUCGGUUAACGUUGAGGCAUAUAGAUCGUAUCGUUAAAGCUAUGGACUCGAAUACGCAACUCAGGGAUAUCGUGCAAGGUAUUUGUUUCUUGACUCAUUCUAGUUAUAUACCGGACGCACGAAAGGAAUGGGAGAAGCGAACGAAUAACGCCAUCGUGGAUUACAUCGUUGUACCCAAUCUUCCACGCGGAGCACAGGUCGAAUGGUGUGUUUGGGCUCAUAGAGAUAAUAAUAGGUUCGAAUACGAAGAGACUGGUAAAUGCGUAGGUAAUUUCAAAGUGGCGAUAAGGCGUAGGUGGAAUUAUGAAAAUAACGUUUCAGCGAUUGUGUGUUACAUGUCCACUGGUUCAUCGAAUUCAACUGGUAAUUUAGCCACGGAAACGAGUUUGCCCUCUACAGAAUUAACGGUAGACGAACUGACAGAGGCGUUCGAAUAUGUACUGUGUAAGCUCACGAAGGGAUCCCAGACCGUGAAUCCGACGUGCAAUCUACGCAUCUUCUACAAAGUCGGCAGUUCGCCGGGGCUGAAUUUUGUUCAGGACGUUAUUUCGAAAUUUUCUACACGGAACUUAGUCACUACCAUUAUACCAGCAACGCACUUACAUAAUUUCAGUACAUUUUUAUCUAUAUGUGGCAUCAGACACGAGUAAAGCCUAACGAUACAGUUUUUACGUUGUCAAUUAUUUACAGAACUACAUUUUCUCGUUUCGUAAAAAAGAAAUGAUCGAAAUGAUUUUGUUCGUCGUUUAAAUUAUUACAACCAGUGGAUAUGAGAGCCGAGGAUCGGAAUCGAUUUCAGUACGGAUCAUACGCGGAAAUUAUAUACUCUACCACAGUUGUGGAACUUUCUAUAUUCUAAAGGAUAAUUGUUUAGCGGUAUCGAAUAUAAACGUUAUUUUUCACCUUUUCUACUGGUCGCUUGUUGGGUUUGCUCAGAAUUCACGUGACUAUCUGUCAACAGUGUAUUUAUAUUCGGCUAGUCAACGGGACUUUAGUGAUUAUCAACGAUCAUUUCUCGUCUCGUUAGUAUAAGUGUUCUAUACGUAAUGCAAAACACGUUGUCGCCUCGUAACGUGUACUGUAUGCUACGCCUCGUUUUUUGCUCAAGUUACUUAUUUUUUAUUUUUCACAAUCUCACGAUACGCGCGGAGUGUUAAGUGUGUGGAUUUUAUGAAAAAAAAAAAAAUUUCUCAAAGCGUGCACAGCCAUUUUUAUAGUAGCGUUCGAACCGUGAACGCAAGACGAAUAUCAGACGUAUUAAGGAAACCCGUAAAUUCUAACAUCGGAUAUGAACAAAACUUAGUUUCUGCCCUUUCUAUUAUUAGUUUUAAAUGAAUACCUACGUACGAAAAGAGAAACAAAUUGAAAGGUGUGCGGAAAUUCAAAACACGCAUCUCUCAACGAUUCUAUCACUUCUAAAAUGCUGCCGAUGUUGUUCCGCUACCAUUUAAAACUUUCAAUUCUAACGGCAGACACGUAGCUUUGCAAAAAAAAUAUAUAUAUAAAUGGUAUCUACUUCGCAAACGAAUACUGUGUAAAAUCCUCGGUAGUUUUUACUGAUCUAAUACUUUAGAAAUGCAUUCCUGUACAAAAAAAAGGAGACGAUAUCGCUAUGUAUUAGAAUAUUUUCGACGGUAUAAAGAUUCGUGCAACGAUACGCCAAAAUAUUUUCCGAUUUGGUCAUUGUUUCAGCGAUUUUAAUACCAUUACUUUGUUUUACUGUAUAUAUUACCGAAUAGCCCAAUACCGUGCGAUGUAUUAUAAAAUGUAAUUAUAGUUUCUAAAAAAAUGAAAUGGCAAUUGGUCAUCACUUAUGUGUGGAUGUUAAGAUAAAUUUCUGAUACGAGGAAUAGGAAGCAUAUUGUUCAUGACGUGAAUGCUGCGUUACUAUAAAUAUGUAAAAAGUAUAUUUACAAGGCAUACGACUCUCGCAACAAAAUACUAUUCCGAGGAUUAUAUUGCAAAGAAAAAUAAAGAAAGUGAUAUAUAUUUUUAAGAAA